GUUUUCAAACAAUUUCCUUCCAGCCUGACAUUUUAGUCAAUUACAAGCCUCUUACCUAUGUACAAAGAUCCUUCGGUGAUUCUCCUCAAGAGAGAUUCUAUAUUCAAGCGACUCGAAAGUGAUCUCAUCUUGGCACAAUCCAACGCUGAAAUCGAGUUUCAUCUGUAUCCUCUCCUCAAUCGCGUCGUGACUGACUUCUGUAGUGUCAAUGAGGGGGAUAAUCGCUUCACUCUUGAAUGCCACCCACAGGCAUAUUUUGGUGACUCAGCCCCUGGCAGUUAUCGCCUCCCGGAUUGUGCUGCCUGCACCUUUGACUCCCGGGCUUCUACCAUGAAGGAGGCCAUCAAGCCUGUAUUUUGGUUUGAGGCAAAGCCAUUACGUGACUCUGGCAAUUGGCGGGAUAAAGAAGUAUUAAUCGACAUGAUGGCUUCCCACUAUUUCGCAACAGCCAUUCCACAGGUUCGUGAACAAGUGAAACAUGCCUUCAGAAGCUUCGAUGGUCCCACACAAUAUCCCGUUUUCAUCCUUGUAGGACUUUAUUGGUCCAUGUUAAUUUUUGACAAAGAUAAGGAGCAACGAGCCUAUGAACAUGAAGAGACUGUUGCUAGCCAAGUUCUAGCCAGACAAGCAGUAGCAGCUAAUCUUUUGGCACUGAAAGACCGCGCGACCUCAACGGCAUCUACUACGUCUGUAGUAGACCCAGGUGGCGCUCAAGAGAAAAGUCGCUUUUCAUCUCCUGAACGGCAGAUAGAUGUUUUCGAUGACUAUCUUCCGGAACUCAAGUAUUUCAAUGAGCCUUUGCUUCUGGGAACGCCUGUCCAGGAGUAUAAUCCAGUAUUUUUGCAUGCAUUGUCGACAAUUAUGGAAAAGCAUGAAUUUAGUCAACAACCCUCAUGUUUCGACGUACCACAUAACUACCAGUAUGUGCCCAAUAUCAAUAUGGUAAGCAUGUUCUACCAGUAUACCGCGAUAUUCUCAACAGCAUUAUGGUCAAUGCUACCAUGGAGCGUGAGGACGAGGAGUAUUCGCAAUCCGAAGAUUCAAAAGAUGGAAGUUACAAACCACCUGGGAGACACAAUGCUCCUCCUCACUGGGUCUGUGGAGCAGCAAGCUCCUCAUGGUUCUGGUUCCAGCAUGUGACACUAUGUAGCCUUUAUUUCUUUUACAUAGGCUCAUGACAUAUAGUUGAUAGUGACUCCUCUUUGAGAACAGGAAGAAAACUGAAGUGAAACCAAAAGUGAAAGUGUGAGUAGGAGUUCGAGCAAUAGAGUAAAAAUACGGGCUUGUGUAUGCAUACAUGAUG